GAAUCCACCCUUAUAUGCGUGAUAUUAUAAGUUUUUUUUUUUUUGUUACAUAAAACGAAAAAUUUUCCCUAAGAAAGAAAGCCUUAGCCCAUUAAUUAUUGUGGAUUGAUAUUACCGUAUAUAAACCAAAUCCGGAGGUAUAUCCAUGAACCCCAAAAAAACACUGAAAACUUCAACAGCCAAUCCCAAUCAACAAUUAUUUUCACCUCACUCACAGAAAUUUCACUCACUGUGCCUAUACACAUUGAUACUUGCCAAUUAGGUUUUUGUUUUUUUUUUUUUUUGGAGGAUCGAGAUUUAAACUCCAUCAUUGCCUCUUCUUUCUAAUCUCUUUGUUUAAUUCAGGUUUUUAUUUGUUUUCAUCGUUACUUUAGGUUUCAAUUAGGGUUUUGUAAGAGAUGGGCAGCAUAGAUGAUCAGACAUUUAGGGUUAAUUUUAGCGACGAGGGAGUGAAAAAGUUGAGGGAUAUAGUGAAAGAUAAACUCAAACAGUUCAUGGGCGAUUACACCGACGAUACUCUUGUGGAAUAUGUUAUUGUCUUACUAAGAAAUGGAAGACGUAAGGAAGAAGCAAGGAAUGAGUUGAAUGUUUUUUUAGGGGAUGAUAGUGAUUCUUUUGUGUCUUGGUUGUGGGAACAUCUGUCUUCAAAUUUGAAUUUGUAUGUUCAUAACGAGGAAUCUCACACAAAUAAAAUGGUAAAAAUGAAACCUACAUUAGGUGGUCAGGGUGAUUCUCCUCAAUUGGAUCCUGAAUCUGAAAGAGGAAAACCUAAUAAAUUAUCUAGGAGUCGUCACAAUAGGGAGUGGAAAGGAUUAGCAAGGAAUGCAGCAGAAACUCCCCUUCUUCAAACAUCUGAAGUUGACAAUGUCUACUUGGAGGAAAAACCAGGUCCUGAAGUUAGUCAUUCCAAAAAAACUCCUCCCCCUAGAGUUCAAAAGAAAAGGAUCAGGCCUGAUGAAAGACAACACACUAAGAGGGAGGUAAUGGGCCAACCAACUAUCGCUGCUUCUCGGCUACUUCAGUUUGCAGUUCGAGAUGCAGUGGGAACUACAAGGCCAUCUAGCUCAGGCAGAGAGCCACAACUGAAGCGUCUUCGAUCUGUGGUGUCUACAUCCUCUGCCGACUCAGAAUUGGUUGAACGAGCCCGGAGAAUCAGGUCAGUUGCAACAGUACCUAAUCCUUUAGCAACUGUGAUAAAAGCUGUGGCAGAAGCUGCUGAAGACGUAAUUAGAGUUAAGUCUACGGGAAGUGUAUUUGAUCGACUUGGUCGGGGUAUGGAUGUAUCAGAGAUGGCUGAUCAUCAUACUGGACUUCCAGAAGCUGUUGUUGUAGACCGAGAGUAUGAAAAUUUUGACCGAGUUCAGGAGCAAACUGGUUCAGCUUAUGUUAAGAGACAUGAGUACAGUGGGCAAUAUGUUGGGGACAUGAGAAUGAUUGAAAGCGACUGUGGGUUGCCCUUUGACUCCAUGACCCAUGAUGAAGGUUAUGAUGAUGUCAAUCAUAUGGGAUAUCGAGUCUCAGAUGUUUUGCAGUCAGGACCAUCUGGUGGGAACAAGAGUGAAGAUUCUCUGAUGUUGCAGUAUGGUGUAGCCAAGAAUGUUGAUGAUGUAAUGCAAAUACCACGAAACAAAGAUCAUGAUCAGUCUGUUUCAGGAGUGAAUGCUUCCCCUAAAACGGCUAACAUUUCUGUGAAUGUAACUUCCUGGAAACCUCUUCAUUUUCAGGAGCCUAGAGAUGUCCGAGAAUUAGAUAGUCGAAAAUCUAUUCAGGAGAUUGAGGCACGGUCUGGAAAAUCUGGUGUGCAACUAACGAAGGAGAAUAGCAACCCUUCUACUGUUGGUAAUGGGAAUGCGAUACCUGUUGCAGAUAUUCAAAAAGAAUCCCAAAAGGUUCUGCCUUCUGCUUCUGGUAUAUAUCCUGCCGGUCGUCCUUCAGUGGAUGCUGAUUCUCGAACCAUUUUUCUUACCAAUGUUCAUUUUGCUGCUACCAAGGACAGUCUUUCUCGGCAUUUUAAUAAGUUUGGGGAAGUUCUUAAAGUUGUUAUUGUUACUGAUGCCACGACUGGACAACCCACAGGAUGCUUGAUCAGGUCAGCUUAUGUGGAGUUCAUGCGUAAAGAAGCGGCAGACAAUGCAUUAAGUCUGGAUGGCACCUCCUUUAUGUCACGGAUUCUAAAGGUGGUUAAGAGAAAUGCUGCUUAUCAAGAUGCUGCUCCUCUUAUGACUUGGCCUCGCGUUGCCCGGGGCUCUCCAUAUGCUCCAUCUAGGUUCACCAGGGCUUCUUUCCCUAGAGGCAUCCCUGGUGCAUUUAGGCCUCGUCUUCCUAUUAAACCUGGUGCGAGGAGUUUGCAGUGGAAGCGUGAUGCUCGGGCCACUCCAGCUGAAAGUGGUAGUCAAGUUCCUGGGAACAGUGUCCUUUCUCCAACUGCUCGUAGUCUUACCUAUGUCAGAACGGAGCCUAAGUCAGAUGGAAAUUCAGGUACCACCUAGUUGAAGAGUUUAAAGUUGUUUGCCCAAGUGUUUGCAUUUUGGUUACCAAAUUCCAUCAGAACGCCUGCAUGAAAACUGCUACAAGCAUCUCUCAUUAUCAGAAUGGAAAUGAGUUUUUAUGUACAUGUGGGACUUCUUCCAAAAGGUAGAGGGAGUGUCAGCACUGAUGUGUUGUGGCUAAGAAGGGUUACCAUUUAAGCAUUUUGUUUUUGUGGUUCCUUCUUGUGGAGCUAAAAGAGAGAAGGGAAGCGGAGGAAAUGGUUGGUUCUCAGAGCAACUGUAGAAUAGUUUGAAUCAUUUCUUCUUUUGUUAAUCGUUCCAGCCCCCGGUUAUAUAUAUUUACACUAUUAUAUUGAUUUCUUUUUUCACUUACCAUUGUUCAAUGAUAAAAAAAAUUAGGUGAAAAGAAAAUUGAAGGGACUUGGGUUACUACCUUGUAUAUACGGUGCCAAGUUUAAUGGGCGUAAGGCUUGAUUAAGCAUUUUCACAAGAUUACAGUGCUGGAUUUACGGGUGGAUGGGCUCAGUUAGUGUUCGGUCUGCAAAAUGAUCAGUUUGUUGAAUUUGAACUUUUUCGCUGGUGGUGGAGCAUGUUUUGUUGAUGACUUUAUUUUUUUUUUAGGAUGAAUUUUUUUCUCUUUUUAUAACGAUUCCAAUCUUUUUGGUAUUAUUGUUUAAAUUCGAAUCUGAAUAUUAGACUUUGAAUCUA